AUGGCUUCUUCACAUUCUCAGGACUGGAGAAAACUCAGUAUCGGCGUGGUAGGCGGUGGCAUUGGCGGUCUGUCCGCUGCGAUUGCUCUACGUCGUGCUGGCCACGACGUAACAAUCUACGAGCGACAUGAUUUUGCUGGUGAAGUCGGCGCUUCAGUGUCCUGCGCCGCCAAUGGUACCCGAUGGCUACACGAAUGGGGUGUUGAUGUUGCAAUGGGAGACCCUGUCGUACUCAAGAAGCUUAUCAACCAUGAUUGGAGGACUGGAGGGCCCGUGAGCGUUUACGAUCUGGACGACUAUGAAGAACGAUGGGGGUACGUCUACAACAUGUUUCAUCGCCAGUAUAUGCAUGCGAUGUUGAUGGACACGGCCAUGAAGAAGGACGGCGAGGGUACUCCGGUGAAGCUUCUUGUUAAUCAUCAAUGUCGAGAUAUUGAUUUGCAAAGCGGUGUCAUCUCUUUCAAAAAUGGUACUUCUGCACGGCAUGACUUGAUCAUUGGUGCAGACGGAAUUGGCUCGGUAGUACGAGAAAUUAUAGGUAUCCGCCCAGAGAAGAAGCCCGCUGACUCAAGCUGCCUGCACGCCAACGUCCUCACAGAGGAAGCUGUCAAGGCUGGGCUUUUCGACUACUCCCAAAACAGCGCUCUGGAGUACUGGGGCGGCCAGGAGGGUAAGUGGGACAAGAUUGUGCUAUCGCCAUGCAAUGGCGGUAAACUGCUCUCAUACUACUGCUUUUUCCCUCGGGAAAAAGGGGAUUACACCAACCAUACGUGGGGCGGCGAGGAUCGCCCUGUUGAGGAACUACUGUCACCGUACCCUGAAUUGGAUCCCCAGGUGAAGGCGCAUCUCGCCAUCGGUAGAGAGAUCCAACCGUGGCGCCUAUGGGUACACAACCCUUAUCCAUAUCUUCACCGCAGCAUGACCUGCCUGUUAGGUGACGCUGGCCAUCCGAUGAUGCCCCAUCAAAGCCAAGGUGCUUGCAUGGCAAUUGAGGAUGCUGCCGCUCUGGGAAUCCUUUUCAAUCGGAAUUAUUUUAGCGGAGAUAUCGCGGAGGCCCUCACCGUGUACGAGCAAGUUCGACUCCCAAGGGUCACAAGAGUCCAGUCGGCGGCUGCAAAGGCUGCCUACAAUAUCAACGAACGGAUCGGUUUUUCAAACAACAAAGAUUUGGCAACAUAUAAAGUGGAAGAUGAGAGAGCGAAGCUGACAAUAGAGGAAAUGAAUGCCUACGACAUGUACAAGGAUAUUGAGGAAAAGCUCGCUUUUCGACGAGGCACGGCCUUCACAGACAAAUUCCUGCAUGGAUUGCCGAUUGGCCUGGAGCUACCGAAUGGAGUCACGGUGGGGGGCUAA